ACUGACUGUCUAUCUGUCAUUUAUUACUUUACUAAUUUUAUACACCGCAUAAUUUUUGUGAAGACUACUCCCCCACCGAUUCAAAAAUGAGCACAGAAGAUCUAAGUCCCAGAAAAGCAUUAAUAAAACCGGGACGACUGGUUUUAAGAAGAUCCGUUUCGGAAACCAAAAUAGACUCGCUUUUUCCUUUCAAUUUGUCACUCAGAGAAGCGAAAUCGUGCAACGUGAGCAUGGAAGAGAUCGCCAACAAAGAAACGUCGUUCACGUUGGAAGACUUGUAUAAAACCGAAGACCCGAACGACGGCGAAUUCUUCGAAACGAAAGACAUGGGAGCGAACCAAAUGGUCACGAUGAAAUACGACAUACUGAACUCGCAGGGACGCAAACAUUCGCUCUUCGAGGUCGCUUACAAGUGGAAGAAGGAUUGUCGCAUCUGGCUCUGGAAGAACAGUGACGAGUUCAAGAGGAACAGAUCCGUUGCAGAGAUGAAUCCCACAAGAUUUUAAACGAUGUGCCAUUUUUGCCAAUAUGUAUGUGUGCUUUUAAUAACUUGUAUUUGUGAUUAUACCAAUAAAUGGGAUUGGAUUUUUAA